UUUUUUUAUCAAAAAAGCCCAAAACGGUCAAAACCCAUUUAUCUAGCUCUAUUAUGACCGAAAAAAUGUCUUAUAAUGGCGAAAACAUUAAACAGCCAAAUGUUGGAUGGUUUUUCUCAAGAAAAUAUAUUACUGAAAACGAUGCUUAUUUAUUUGAUAAACAAAUAGCUACAAUUUGUGCAAAUUAUGGAAAGAUUGGAUUUUCUUUUAUUACUUACCCAAUUGGGGGUAUUUAUCGGUAUAAUUGUCAAAUAAAUAAAAAUAGAAAUGCUCGGCCUAUUCACCUUCCAGAUUUGCAAAUGGGGAUUCAAUUUUGGCAAAAAUAUGUUAAUUGUGCAUUGUCUAGUUGGAUUGUAGGUUUUUUAAUAAAUUUUUUUAAUUGGGAAGGAAUUUUGUUUUCAUUUUUGUCUGUUAUAAUUAUUUGGUAACCACAAUGUUUGUACUUAUCGGUUA